UCGAUCUUCUCCACUGGAGAGAUAGGAAAACAACUUACCCCAGGAAAACUUAUGUCUGUCUCGUCGUCUUAAUAAAGUGACUUUCGAAAACCGGUUAUUAUAUUCAACGUUUUAAUAAUGACGUGCCUGACAGAGAGAAAGAGAGGUGCUUUGACACUGUGUUAAGCAUUACCUGAAGUAGAUGGAUGUGAUGAUACUCGACUCAAACCCAGGGUUCUUGAUGUGACCAAUGACAAUUCGAUCUCGAACCAGUCGUCCGGUCCUCAUGGUGAGGCCAAGACACUACUUCAGAACAUUCUCCAACAACCACCUCAACACUCCCCCUUCUCUCUAAUGACCGUAUCCCGGCAUUCAGCUCUCUCAUGCAGUAGUACUACGGGGUCCUUGCCUCCAAGUCCAUCGGACAGUGGGGUAUCUGAUGUUGACAGUAGCAGUUGUCAUUUGAGUAGUGAUGAAACUAAACCAAGAUUCCUAGACACACCAGCACCGUCGACAACACCAGAUUCUCCAACAUCUGUUGGCCAGUCUUACUUCCAGUCUUACUCCCAGGUGGCGCUAUCACCUUAUCAUUCCAACCAACUGUAUUCUCAGAAAGAAUUUCCUUGUGUCGUUCCCUAUCCGCCAGAGGGCCAUUACAAGACUUUACAGCAUCAUCCUUUCCCUCUGAUCAAUCAUACUGCACCUCCAUUCCCCCAAAGCCAUCUUCAUCUUACGAGUCCGAGUUCAUCUCACCCCGUGAGGUUACCCCAUCACCCACAUCAACAUUCUCAACUCUCCCCGACUAAUAAUCCCAUGGCAUUACCAAGACCUUCAUCAUCUUCCGGACUUCAAUCGCCCACCGAAAAGCCAUCUGCUAUACCAACGUCCGUUAUCACGGCGGCUCAUAGCAACAGUAACCUUGGAAACGACACAGAUCCGUCCUUCUACGUUGAAGAUCUCUCUUUCCAGCCACGAGUCAAGAAGAAAGGCCGAAAGCCGAAGAAUUUUGAUGGUAACAUUUCAUCUUCCGGCAAGAGAAGAAACAAAGAAGGUUCGACUACGUACUUAUGGGAGUUUUUACUUAAAUUGCUACAAGACAAGGAAUACUGCCCUCACUACAUAAAAUGGACGAACAGAGAGAAAGGCAUCUUUAAGCUGGUUGACUCGAAGGCUGUUUCUAAGCUGUGGGGAGUACACAAAAACAAGCCAGACAUGAACUACGAGACGAUGGGUCGUGCUCUCAGGUACUACUAUCAGAGAGGAAUCUUAGCGAAAGUAGAUGGCCAAAGACUGGUGUACCAGUUUGUUGAGGUACCGAAAGAAAUAGUGGAGAUUGACUGUUCGGGAGCCUGAUAUCACCAACGGUUUGUUCCGAGAUGAUCAUGAUUAUUCACGUGUGCUAGGUGUUGUCAUGGGAACAGAACAGGUGUCCGAGAAGGGGGACUGACUGCGCAUGUCUUGAAAAUAUUGUCGUGGUUGUUGAAUGAACAAUUUUCAGACCCGUCACCAUUUCAACACUUCAGCCGAGAUAAAAACGUACUGUGAAAACUGUAUUUUUAUAUAUAUAUAUAUAUAUAUCUCAAAGGACGCUUUCUAUCCAUUGUUAAUUCACAAAUAUUCCAAACAAAUUUAUUUAUUUUUUCUAUGACCUAGGUUGUUAUCUGUAGCAACUGUUAAUGGCUGUAAUGUGAGAUAAACGACAUGCAACGCAUAUAUAUAUGUUGUUUGACGUAUCAACAAUAUGUGAAUGAUUCGUGUAUACGUUUGCUCGUUACUUUUUAGCGUGUAUCAUACUAUAGUUGUAUUACUUUGUGCUUGACAAAGCGGGGUUUUAGUUGUAAUAUUAUACUCUGGUGUAAAAUGAGUAAAGAAUUUAAACCCAAAAGACUAUGAGAACAUAUUUAAUUGAACGUAAAACAUUAUUUUUUUUUAUCUACACAAUUUUUACACACAUGCACUACUACGAUAAUAUGGAAUACUUAAAGUGUCGCCAUCUAGUGGUAAAGUUGAAUCACCUUGAAAAAUUAAUUCGGUUUUAAUAGAAUUAAUUUUCUUUUAUGCAGUAAAAUGUAAAAUCUACACGACUAAAGUCCGUUACCGUGUAGUAACUGCAUUAAAUUUCCAAAAAAAAUUUCUUUUACGUUUGAUUUACUUUGCGUUUAAAUCAUUACGAAAAAGGGUGGAAUAUUUUCACGACAAUUUUUUGAAAAUGUUCAGGUUUUGAUUUGGUAAUGUCUACAAUGUUCCGAGAUUCAAAUGUGCCUUCCAAAAAAAUAUAAAAUAAUAUAUAUACUUAUACAUAAGAUCUUUAAUGCUUCGUGAAACUUUCAGAAUUUCUAAACUUUCGUACGUACAAGUACAUAAGAAAAGAGACGAGUACGAGCUAUCUUUAUGAGAGGAUACACUUAAAGAAAAAAAUAUAAUCAAAGUAUAGGU